GUACCUUAUCAACUUUUUGUUAGAUGCCACAUUAGGAAUGCUGUUAAUCUACAUUGGUAUACGUGCAGUCAGCAGCAUUGUGGAAUGGCAGCAGUGGGAGUCCCUGCGCUUUGGUGAAUAUGGUGACCCAGUGCAGUGCAGAGCUUGGGUGGGCCAGUGUGUUCUGUACAUAAUGAUUAUGACAUUUGAGAAAACCAUCAUCAUUAUAGUGCUGCUUAUACCUCAGUGGAAAGAGGUAGCUUUAUGGAAUCCUAUAGAGAACCCCCAGCUGGAGCUGGCUAUUGUCAUGCUGAUAGUUCCCUUCUUCGUUAAUGCAUUCAUGUUCUGGGUAGUAGAUAAUUUUCUAAUGAAGAAAGGGAAGACAAAAGCUAAACUUGAGGAAAAGGAAGCAGGACAAGAUUCCAGAAAUGGAAGUAAAGUCCGAUACAGGAGAGCCGCAUCACAUGAAGAGUCAGAGUCAGAAAUCCUUAUUUCAGCAGAUGAUGAGAUGGAGGAAUCGGAUGCUGACGAGGACCUGCGUAGACUGACCAACUUAAAGCCCAUUAAGAAAAAGAAGCAUCGCUUUGGUCUGCCUGUAUGA